AAACCAAGUCUGAUCCUAAUCCUCAUCUUUGCUUUUUCUUUCUGACUCACGGACUAUCUAGCCUGUGAGGUCUUAUUCAUCGCGUAGUAUCCAUCAACUCUGAUUUUAGCGGUAUCGGAUUGCCUUUUUAUCUCCGCCGUCGUUUUUCAUUUUAUCCCUUCUACCUCCCCCGCAGAAGCUUGAUUCGGAGUUCUUUGGCACUGUCAGAUUUGCUAGGAUGGCACCCCCUAUCACCGUUGUGCCGUCGCUGGAGACCGCAAGAGAUGUGAUCAGCCACUCGAAAGACUCUAAAUACCCUCCAAACUUACUCCCUCUUACGGCGUCUAUCCCCGCUGAUCUGUUGACGCCCACAUUGGCAUAUCUGAAGAUUGCCGAGAAGUCGAAAUUAUCCUUUCUCUACGAGAGUGCUGCGACUACGGAAACCAUUGGGAGAUAUAGUUUUGUGGGAGCCGAGCCCCGGAAAGUCCUCAAGACCGGCCCUGGCCAUGGACCUGAGUGCGACCCUCUUCCGAUUCUGGAACGUGAGAUCGCUGAAUAUCGCGUUGCGACGAUACCCGGCUUGACGCUACCGCCACUCACUGCCGGUGCUAUCGGUUACGUCGGAUACGACUGCGUCAGGUACUUUGAGCCCAAGACAGCACGGCCUCUCAAGGAUGUGCUUGGUAUCCCAGAGUCAUUGUUCAUGUUGUUCGAUACCAUUGUCGCCUUCGACCACUUCUACCAGGUCAUCAAGAUCAUCACCUACAUUCCUAUCACCCACGUUACCUCGGAACUCGAAGCCGAAUACCGGAAAGGCGAAGAUGUGAUCACGCGCACCAUCGAACGACUGCUCCGGCCGGAAAUCCCGCUCCCCCCCCAAGGCCCCAUUAUCCCUGACCAGGAGUACACGUCCAACAUCGGACGCGAAGGAUACGAGCGGCACGUGGUGAAGCUCAAGGAGCACAUCUCCAAAGGUGAUAUCUUCCAAACCGUACCGUCGCAGAGGCUGUCCCGCCCGACCUCUCUCCAUCCGUUCAACCUCUUCCGUCAUUUGCGCACCGUCAAUCCAUCCCCGUACCUAUUCUACAUCGAUUGCGAAGACUUCCAACUCGUGGGCGCGAGCCCGGAGCUUUUGGCGAAGGAAGAAAAGGGCCGCAUCAUUACCCAUCCGAUCGCGGGUACGGUCAAGCGUGGCAAGUCGCCCGAGGAGGACGAGGCGCUCGCGGAGGAGCUGCGAGGAAGCCUGAAGGACCGGGCGGAGCACGUCAUGCUGGUGGAUCUGGCGCGGAACGAUGUCAACCGGGUGUGCGACCCGACCACCACACAGGUGGACCGGUUGAUGGUGGUUGAGAAAUUCUCACACGUGCAGCACCUGGUGUCCCAGGUGUCGGGCGUCCUGCGGCCGGAGAAGACCCGGUUCGACGCGUUCCGGUCGAUCUUCCCCGCUGGCACGGUCUCGGGGGCGCCUAAGGUGCGGGCGAUGCAACUGAUCGCGGAGCUGGAGGGGGAGAAGCGCGGGGUGUACGCCGGCGCGGUGGGUUAUUUCGGGUACAACAUCGCCAGCGUGGAUGGCACGGCGGAAGUACCCGGUGCGAUGGAUACAUGCAUUGCGCUACGGACCAUGCUUGUAAAGGAUGGGGUGGCCUACCUCCAGGCGGGCGGCGGAAUUGUAUUCGACUCGGACCCGUACGAUGAAUAUAUGGAGACGAUCAACAAACUGGGGGCCAACGUCGCCUGCAUCAAGGGGGCGGAGGCGAAGUAUUUGAGCAUGGAGGGGGAACAAUCAUAGAAUUCGAUGCCUUUUCUUCUUUUCCCGCUUUCUUCUCUUUCUCUUUCUGUCUUUCUUUGGUUUUUUUUUUUUUUUUUUUU